UCGCGCUCUGCGGCUUCUUCAGUUGGGCGUAGUGCGUGUUGGCGUGCGGGACGCAAGCUGGAAGAGUGUAUUGCUAAAAGAUGCUUUAACGGUGCCGCAAACUAUAGCAGUCACGUCUGGCUCGGUGGCAGCAGACGCCGCUCGUUCUAGGCGAAAGUGUUAGCAGACGGAAAGUGCACACGGAAAGCAGACGGAUAAUAACGAUCAAGUCACUUGGAGGCGGGACUACCGCUGACAAACGACCACCACCCCUUGAAGUGCCGCCAACUCGGCCCUCCCCCCUCGAAGAAUAAGCAGCGAUGGACUCCGAGUCCAACUACACGUGCAGCGACGGGCUGCUGCUGCCCUUCCUGGACGAGUCCAGCUGGUCAAGGGGCGGCCGCUCGUUCGUCUACCUGCUGGGCCUGCUGUACUGCUUCCUGGGCGUGGCCAUCAUCGCGGACGUGUUCAUGUGCGCCAUCGAGCGCAUCACGUCCAAGACGAGGCGGCUGACGCUCUCGGCCCAGGUGCCCGGCGGCCAGCCGGACAUCAUAGAGGUCAAGGUGUGGAACGAGACCGUGGCCAACCUGACCCUUAUGGCACUCGGGUCGAGCGCGCCCGAGAUACUGCUCGCGAUCAUCGAGAUCGUCGGAAGUGGGUUCGUAGCUGGCGACCUGGGUCCCGGAACCAUCGUUGGCUCGGCCGCCUUCAACCUGCUCGUUAUCACCGCUGUGUGCGUGGUAUCGAUUCCUGCCAACGAAGUCCGGACAAUACGCAUGAUCAAGGUGUUCGGCAUCACGGCGUUCUUCAGCGUGUUCGCCUACCUCUGGCUUCUCGUGGUGCUCAUGGGUUCGAGCCCGAACGUGAUCGAGCUCUGGGAGGCCAUCCUGACGCUGCUCUUCUUCCCGCUGCUGGUGUUCCUGGCCUACGCGGCGGACACGGGCAUCUUCUGGCCCGGGGCGCGCAAGCGCAGCGCCCAGAAGCAGCUCGAGCUGCAGACCACGGCCGACAUCGCCAAGACCACGAACGCCGUCGGUCCGGCCACACCAGGAGGAGGACCUGCACGCCGAGAGUUCUUCCCCAACGGCGAGUUCAACCGGGAGAACCUGUUGGACUUCAUACGGGAGAUCCGCAAGCACCCCGGGCUGACGGACGAGGACGCGGCGUGCCUGGCGGCGGCCAAACUGGCCGAGCAGCAGCACCACACGCGCAUGUGGUACCGGGUGGGCGCCAUCCGGAACCUGACCGGAGCCCGCCGAACCACGCCCAGCAUCAACGAGAAGCUGCAGCACAAACUCGACCAGGAGGUACGGGAGAUGUUCGCACUAGCUGCUCAGGACGAGACUGACGCAAAGGCUGCGGACGAAGUGGAGCAGGGUAAACUGCUGAAGCCCGUGCCUGAACCGGAGAACAAGAACGUGGCCACCAUCGAGUUCAACGCCAGUUCGUGCGCCGUGCUCGAGAAGGCCGGCAAGGUGGACGUGAUCAUACGGCGCAAGGGAAAGCUCGACUGCCCCGCCACCGUUAGGGUCGAGACCAUCGACGGCACGGCGCUGGCGGGCGAGGACUACAUGGAGCUGCGGCAGAUGGUGAUGUUCCAGCCGGGCGAGACCCAGCGCCGCGUCACGGUGCAGAUCGUGGACGACAACCAGUGGGAGCCCGACGAGACGUUCUUCCUGCGGUUGUCGCUGCCCGCCGCCGGCGACGGAGCCGGGGUCGCCCUGGGUCGGAAGUCCGUCAUGGAGAUCACCAUCAUCGACGACGACCAGCCCGGCAUCUUCGAGUUCCGGCGCCGGGGCCUGCUGGUCCGCGAGAGCGUGGGCACGGCCCAGGUGGCCGUGGUGCGCACCAAGGGCGCCGACGGCACGGCCUACGUGCACUGGCGCACACGCAGCCAGACGGCCAAGGACGGCGAGGACUUCCACGGCGGCGAGGGCAAGCUGGUGUUCGAGCACGGCGAGACGGUCAAGAACAUCGAAAUCCCCAUCGUGGACGACUUCGAGGCCGAGAAGGACGAGCACUUCGAGGUCGAGCUGUACGACGCGUCGCCGGGCUCCGGCCUGGGACACCUGACCAAGACCACCGUCACCAUCACCAGCGACGAAGAGUUCAACACCAUCGUUAACCGGUUGAUGUUGAUGACCAACACCAACGUGGACAAACUGAGGCUGCACUCCGCCGACUGGGCGGGCCAGAUAAAGGACGCGAUGAACGUCAACGGCGGCGACAUCGACAACGCCGAGGCCGUCGAUUACGUCAUGCACUUCAUCACUUUCGGGUGGAAGGUACUAUUCUCGUUGGUACCGCCUACGGGCUUUAUGGGCGGCUGGCUGACCUUCUUCGUGUCUCUGGCUGCCAUCGGUCUGCUGACGGCCGUCAUCGGCGACCUGGCCGGCAUCUUCGGCUGCCUCGUAGGCCUGGAGGACACGAUUACGGCCAUCACGUUCGUCGCGCUGGGCACUUCCCUGCCCGACCUGUUCGCCUCCAAAGGUGCCGCCCGCGCGGAGAAGUACGCCGACAACGCCGUCGGAAACGUCACCGGAAGUAACUCCGUCAACGUGUUCUUGGGUCUGGGUCUGCCCUGGGUCCUGUCGGCCGCCUACUGGCAGAUCAAAGGGAGCGUCUUCAAUGUUCCCACUGGUUCCCUCGGCUUCAGCGUGGGCAUCUACUGCGCCUUCUCGUUGACCUGCAUCGCGCUGCUCAUGCUGCGACGGAAGCUGGCCUUCUUCGGCAAGGCCGAGCUGGGCGGUCCUCGACCGGCGGCCAUCGCCAGCGGCGUCUUCAUGGUGUUCCUGUGGGUCCUCUACAUCGUCCUGUCGGCGCUGAAAACGUACAACCACAUCUGAAGACGUACAACCACGUACAACGACCACCUUGCGCGCGCGCUGCCUGUAACCAUACACGAUUUCAGUGAGAGCUCUCACGGGGGUACCGUCGUUUCAGGCUGCUAAAGGGGAACGUUUUCGCCGAAGGUUCGGCUUCACGCGACGGAGCGAUAUCGUUUAUUUGGAGAGCAGACGGCUUGUACAACCUGGCGCGAGGUCAUCGAGUCGUGCGUGCCUCGAUCGCUGCAAUCCCGCAGAAUACGACGGGCUUCCGCUUUAGGAUUCUCUCAGCUCGCCGGUACAGGCGCGCAUUCAGAGCAGGCGAGUCGCAUAUAUUUUGUGCGUUUGUUCGAAAAGAAUCACGGAAGCCUUUGCAGAGGCGCUGGAUAGAGACACAGGCUUUAUGUUUUAAAAUAAGUUUUGCAGGCCAGUUCUCGGAGGAGGUGCUGUGUCACGUUCGAGGGUGACCUGCUAUCGAGAGUUCCUCUGCUCCGUCCCCGUUCGUCGUCUCCUCUUCUCACUUUUUUUUUCUCGUGUGAAUGCUUCCGCAGGCGGAUCAUGCGAUGUCUAGCCGUCGUAACGUCGUGUAUUCGUCCGCGAACUCGCACACCAUACAUCCGCCCUUGUGGUUUCCUUAAAGCUCGCUCUAUACUUUUCGUAAAGACGCGCCAAGCCCUAGCAUAAAGCUGCGUAUACGUAUCAUAUUUACGAUUACUUUUCACGCGCCAACGGCAAUGACAGAGCGCCGCAAGCUAGCCCUUCUGCCAAAGGACACCGAUGCCAAAUAGACUGAGUAAAAAAAAAGUAUUUAUUGUAAUACUCAGUCAGCUCCUCAUAUUGGCUCAGGGCUAGUGGAGCAGUGCAGAUGUACUACGUAGCGAAUAUACAUCAGCGUACAAAAAAUCACAAGACGGACGGUUGCAACUACAAAGAACAAGCGCUGAUUGCCUUCUGUUGCACACGCUAAUAGCGAAAAAUAUUCCCGUUGCCAGCCCGGCAAUGCUGACAAGGCGGUAUGUAUAGGGAGACAAACAUUUGGCCUCGACAGAAGGAUUGAACGGAUGGAAAACGUUUGUAUAGAAGUUGAUGGCACGCUGGCCUACAUGUUGAGGAUUGCAGUGUGGACAAAAGCAAACGUCCUGCUCUCAGCUUUGUGCAGGCCAUGCUGCUUGUUUUGGCUUUAUGUUCAUGGCGUCUGGGCGACGUCAGAUCAACAUCUAAAUGAACACUUGGUAGAUCAUUGUUUAAGUGCUCACAUUACUGUUGCGGAUAUCAAAUUUAAACAACAAUGACAACUCCUGAAUAAGUUCGGCGUGCUUGAACGUACUCUGACGUAUUUGGAACAGCGGGUAAAAAGACUGCAUAUUAGCCAACGCGCACGUAAAAGAACAACCUAUGUUCAGUUGUCUACGAUGAACACCAAUUCACACUCUAUUGACGAAGCACAAUGACCUUUUCAAGAUCAACCUUCCCGACAGUGCAUGAACCGUCAGCGAACAGCUUUUAAGAAAUGUUGGUUGAUGAGUUUGCUCGAACGGAUAGCCUUUCCUCUGCAAGCUCAGUGUGAUUGGUAUUGGUUUUCGACAAAGCCUAUCGUGAUAGCCUUGGGCGAUGUUUUGUUGAUGGGUUGGUGGAGGAAGUAGCCUGCUAGUGUGUUUGUAGGGAGUGGCAGUCAAUGUUGAGUUUUGGCUGUUUAUCGGUUAAGGUCUUCCUUUUCAUGGUGUAAGAUUACCAGUACUCCUACGAGAACUAUUGCAAACGCAUUGGCAAAUUAUUGAUGACGUCCUUCAUGGUGUGGGUAAAAUGUUGUUGUCUGGGUAGGGAUAUAGUGUGCUUUCAUUGACGGUCUCUCCGCAAAACCUUUCUUUUCAAUGCAAGGUCGUUGUGGUUGGGUUGUUUUUUGUCACAAUCUUUCACAAAUGUUAACGUGUUCGGCUGAAUAGGCAUCAGCCUCGAGGUAACAAGUUACCGUGCAGCUAUUGGCGUGUGAGAGCAUGACAUAUUUCUACCAGACGUGUGCUAGAAAAUCUAGCUUUCGAGUGUAAGAAAAUUGAGAAUGUGUGAAUAUUCGAUGACAUAUUUCUGCAAAUGAACUUGGGCAGUGUUUCGUUGAUGUACUUGGUGGUCUAUGUAAUUGGCUGUUGGUAACAGGCCGGUGUGCAAGGCUUCUGGACCGUUUUGUGACUCUGCUGAAAGAGUGUACUUUUCAAGCGCAAGAUGACCGCGACUGUGUUGAUUUCUCCCGAGAGACUUUACAGACACUCAUCAGCGCUUUGUUGAUGUUUGGCUGUUUGAGGGGGCCUAGUGUGUGCGCCAGUUACGUUAAUGUUGGUUGAACAAGUUGAAAUGUUCAUGUAUGACUGGAUGCUACAUUCCGUAGAACAGCUCUGAAACGAGUUCGCGUGUCGACUGGAAUGAAUAUUCGGCGCCUGCAUUUUGCCAUUGUUCAGGCUAAAGUGUAGUAAAGCGUCAUUCCAUCGAUGAUGCACUCCAAACUCGAGGUACAAACUGCAGAGGUGACACGGGGUCACUCUGGAUGUGUACAGGGUGCUUGUGACCGAACUUUGCCUCGUUGUACGGUAUAGUGAAGGCCACACUCUUAAGAACAAAGAUGAUGCCAGCAACUAUUUUAACAGAAGUAACUGCUGAUGCCACAUUUUAAAUACUAUUGCUUGAGUUUCGUACCUUUCAACGGAGAGGCAGUCGCGAGCAGCAGUUUAAAAACCACACACGUCAGGAACAAUUUUUUUUCUCAGCCUACGUGUGCACAAAAUCAAGUGCGUGAGUCCACGUGUGGUACAAUGCACUGUCACAGUUCCACGGUGUGAAGCUGCGCAAGAAGUAAUCCUUAAUUUUUGUUGACGUGGUGGUGGCAAAAUUUUUGCUCGCGAGUUUACGUUCAUUUUAGGAUGGCGCAAACAGAGAGAACGUUAUUCAUCGGUGAGUACAAGAAAUCUCGAAAAUAGAGUAAAGAUAGGCAGAUAAAUUCGAAGCAGUUACUCUCUUAUAAAAUAGAGUUGACUAUACACCUUUGUUCGCAGAGCGCACCAAUCGCUGUAUUCAAAUUGCAGUCACAAAAUUACUCCACUUGUAACCGACAAUGUGAUAUACCUGAUACAUAAGAACAAAGUGUGGCAGAUAAUUGACUUGUGUGAUAUCUUUCUUGGGCACAUUUGUUGGAGUGCCUCUUAAUGAUCGCAAGCGAAAAAAGUUACUUUUCAACACUGCCUCAUUUAAACUCUUGAGACAUACCUUGUAUUCCUGUGACGUAAAAGUGAACCCGUUGUACUUGCUACAAAAAAAAAAAAAGCUUAUGCACACUUCAACAACUGCGGAGGGGACCACCGUGCUGUUUCGGCACAGAUAUCACUGCAGGCUGCGAAUGAAAUAUUAAUGUCGACGUACAAUACCGUCCACACUUAAAGGGAACAUGUAAUUGUUAUAAAAAGCAAGCAUAGCUUCAGCAUUUUUUUCUAUUUAACAAAUGAAGUGUCGUCAGCAUGACAUCUCAGGCAGAUGUCUACUGAAGGAAGGAUUAUUUUUGCAAGCCCUCAUGCCAGAGAUAAACUGUAAUUAAGGCCGGAAUACUCAAUAUGUGUUCCUUCUACAUAUGCAGUGUAUCGUACAUAUCCCUGACUGUGGAAGUAUAGCUUUCACAUUCUUUAUUUACAUCACUAGAGCUCUGAUUUCCUGUAUCAAGUUCGUAUGAACUAGACAAAUGACGAUGCCUGCUGAAGCAUCCCUUUGCUCUUUAUAAAUACAUACACCCUCUGAGGUUUAUCUUGUCCCCAAACAAAUAUUUAUCAUCUUUCAUGCGAGCAUUUUCUUUCUUGACGCUGCGCUACCGGUACUGUCAGGUCAAGAACCGCAUGCUCAUAUCAGCACGAUAUGAAACCUGGCAGAUGGUAAAACAGUGAAUGUAGUGUGAAGGGACAUGUACGCAAAAUAGUCGGCGAUUAUCGCUGGAGAACAAUAUAAGCAACAAGGGAUUCUUUUCUUUUAGAGUAGCUGUGCUGUACUCUAAAGAACCAGGCCGUUCCGGUGACUUAUAGUGAGGGAGUAACUUCUUGUCCCGUGUUUCACUCCAUUUUUGACGACGUGUUUCACGAUGGAGUGUGCUCGCUCUUCCCAUAGAAUACGUUGGCAUGGCUCUUCGAAAACGAGGAAAAUAUACAGUAUGGUCCAUUGUCAAGAACAGCUAACUAGUAUUCAAACCAACAUAGACUGAACGACUCAUUAAAUUGAGAAAAAAAAAGCACUUGAUGUAGCGCGGCAUGCAAACCUGUAUUGGCAAACACGUCUACGCCAAGCUUUUGCGUUAAAAUCACAGCUGUAAUCGCAGUUUUAAUCAGUCACGAAGUACUAAUCUAAUGCUUCCUUUACAGUGGACCAUCCCUAGUGAGCCCAGGAACUCCCCAAAUGCAGUUGAAUAUGAGAGUAGUUACUGUCACAAAAGGCAGUCGUCAGGACUCCCUUCUUUAGAGUGCAUACGUAGUCGUGAGAACUGCCUCCUCCUUUUUUUCGGCGCCAAUUCCGCCGUGACCCGUGUUUGAUAAAUUAGCUGGGCUAUAAUGUCUCUACUGGUCCCUAUCGUCCAUCGUUGACGCUGGUAUUUUUAACGCUGUCUGUACUUUAAGGCAAGCCUUUGUUCUUAUGUCUUGUUCUUUCCAGUUCACAGAGCUUCAAAGGUGCAGGGUAUCUCUACACUUCAGUGUGAAAAGCAACCUCAUCUUGUAAAUAUGUGUUGUACCAUUGACCUAUUGCCUUCCGCAUCCGUAAUCAUAAACCUUUCUUCCUUUACUUGUACCACGGCACUUUUGUUUCGCAAGCUUACUGCACGCUUUAUGUUCAGUGGUGCAGUGGGUACAAGCACAAAAGGACGCAGUGUUAGGGAGUUGAAGGAUUUGGAUUGGCUGCACGUUCAAUAAUGCGUGGAAGUUUUAAUAACAUUAGUAGAUUUGUUCAUACUCCAUAUCGCAGAAUCGCGAUCACCGCCCCUUUCCGUUGGCUGUCACGUUACAGAAUUAGUGUAAUUCUGCUCCUGUGUUUUGCCACAACUUACACUUCAGACAUCAUGACUGAUGUCUGAGGCGGGGUCAAUCCUGUGGUAGAUUUUCGCGCUACUUUUAGGACGCAAUGAUCAAUCCUUCGUGCAAUGCUCCCUGCUGCACCACAAACUUUUGGGAGCCUUUUUUCCCUUUCGAGUGAGAUAUUCUGUCACCGUUACUUAAUAUGUUUCAUCGUCGCAUAUUUGACAGUCCCUUACGAUUGACAUCCAAGCUAAGAACGUCAGAUGAUUUCAUCUUUCAGAGAUUGUAGUUCCAGAAUGCUCCGAUAACGUUGCCGAUGUGUGAGAGAGCAUUCGAGCGGCAUUUCGAUGAUGAACUGCCUCUAGCAGUGAUUUAUCGUACGAUGUUAUACCUACGUAUAUUCUAUACAGCCAACAAACAGUCGCUAACUACCAACGGUUUCAAUGAAGGUUUUAUACUCAUGGUGAAAAUGCCUUCCGCGCAUGCGCAAUACAAACUGCAAUAAAACCGUAAGGUAUAACUUGAUGUUUUACGUGACGGCUGUGUUUUAAAAAUAAAUAUCAAAUUUCGAAGAACAUGGAUUGAUAGAUGUAUUAGUAACGCAAUCAUACCCUUUCUUCUGAGUAACGUGCGGCAAAGUUGCCCAAGACUUUCGAAGCAUAAAUAGCAGUGAUGGUCAGCUUCAUUAUGCGCACUGGAGCGGCAUUGUUGCCGCAGUAUUGUUCAAUUGCUGCUCUGCAUGACUUUUGGAGCAGUUCUGGAGCUCUCUGGAAUGACCACUCGAAGACGUCAUAUAGAUAUAUCCAUGAGUGGGCACGGCAUUUGUAAUGAGAACACAAGAUAUACGGCGCGCGUGACGGCUGCUAGCUGACUUCAGGACGUCUAGCCCGCCUUGCCUUACAUCGGCGUUCUUGGAUGUUCUAGAGAAUGAUAUGAUCUCUUCCUCUCCAUUUCGUCACCAUUAUCACAAUUUUGAGUCUUCUGUAUUCGACUCGCACGGUUGAUCAUACGACGCAUGCCACAGAGCUAUUGCUAAACAGCGCUCAUAUGGUCCCACUGACCUUCUUUCUUUUGGCAAAGACUGGACCCAUUCCAGUGACGCACCCCUGUGCAGAUGAAAGAUGGCGCCCCAUACUGAGACGCACACUUACUCUGUGUACUUUCCGCUGACACAGUGCACACCAUGUGUUUCUUCUCGUUGUCGCUAAGAGCACGGAAAAACAAUGGCGCGUUCACAAAUGCAUUUACAUAGCGCAUGUAUAUCGCUUCAUUCAAACACGACUUUCUCGAAUUAUUUAAAAUUCUUCUUCAUCAAGUAUUGCUGAAGCAACAGUGUUCAAAUUUCUCGGUGACAUAUGGAGUAUGAUUUCGUUUUAUUGCAUGAGCGCUUUUCUGCCGGCUAUUGAGCAUAGAACAAUGUGAAUCCGCGGGAGGCGCGAUGAUGCUGAAAUCUCGUAAGGAACUCUCAUCAGCAGUUAACUUAUACUGAGGCUGCUCUUGAUGCCAUGGUCAACCCUACGUCGAAUAUCAGACACGAUGUACCGCUAUAAGCGUAUUGUUGAUUAUCACUUCACUGCUACCACGCCGCGUGGAGUAAGCCGUACCCUUCUAUGUGCUUACGGAAAUACAAAUAGAAAAAAAUAUAUAUUAUCAAGCUUUUUGUACGCUGCUGAGAAAGAAGAGGGUGUGUCUUUCACAGAAGUUUUGAAUGACAGCACCUCUUGCGAGCCUCUGACAAACUACCAGUUUCAUCAUUUGCCGUUUGGUUCAUUCAAACACUAUCGCAAAGAUCUUCUCUGAUGCUCGAGUAAUGGCGGGGGCUUUCGUAUCCUAAAACGUUCCUCAACUUGACGCUCCCCCUGAACUCAGGAAAGUGGAUGGCAGAUUCGCCUCUCAACUGAAGCAGUCACUGCGAUAUUGCGGCGUUGGAUACAUUCACAACGCGUGCUUGAGAUCUACGAGGGCAGCGCCGUGAAACUCCACGGCGAUUCGCAACUCAAAAAAUUAUGUAACCCUCUCGGUGUCUGCAUCAUGCGCAGGUGUAGAGUGAAGGUGCAUUUCUCAAGCAACUCGCAGUCGUAGCAACUCUCGAGAGAGAGAGGUCACUUUAUAGCCUCCGAGAUCAGAGGGCGAGCGAAAACGCCUUUGCCAGCCGAUCUCGGAGGCCACUGUUAUUCAAUCGCACUGUCUUCAGACGAUGGGUGGCGCUUGUGCACCACUCGGUGGAGUUGUGGAAGAGGGGUUCGAGCCGAGCUCUAUACGGUAAAAAACGGGUGUAAGUUUGUUGUCACAAUUCUGCGGAGUACUAUUGGAUGCUGAACAAUAAUUUUUUUUGCCUUCGUUUUACCUUCCCGUGCCCCAGUUCCUUUGCAGAGUAAUCUUAUUUACAUAUGCAUUGCACGACCGGUGAGAGCAAGAAGGACAGAUGUAUUUACACCUCCACUGUGCAGUGCCGUCUUUCCGAAAGACUAUAAAUAUGAGGCACGAAAUGGCACUGCGUACAUUAUGCACGACCGCAUUUGCAUUAUUGUGAUUUUUUGGGCCGUGCUGUGUGGCUUCUGCAUUGUUUGUAUGCGUGAAGUGUGUUGUAUUGUGCGUUCACAAAGAAAAUAAUAAAAUAUGAACGAAUGCUGCCGAA